AUGCCAGGCCAAUGGACGCGACGCCUGGGACCAUGUUGGAGCCAAGCUAGGGGCAUCUCGACUGCUCAGCGCCCGAGCAAUUCCAAGCACGUCAAGCCUUUGAGAGGCAGCGAACUCGGCUCUACAGAGCAAGAUGGCUACCGCACGGUGCGCAAGAGAAUAGACGGGAAAAGAGAUCUUCCCCUGCCUCCACUGCUCGACCCAGUAGUGCUCGCGCAGCGGUCGCGCCAUGAGCAGAAGAAGGACAAGCCCAGGUUCGCAGACUUCACGCCGUUCCAGCGCAAGCUGUGGGAGACCCCGUUUGCCCACGCACUCGCGUCGCCUGUCCGCGAAUGCCGCGCAAACCAAAGCUUUCUGCCCUCGGACCUGCUCACGACGCUGCACGUGCGCCCGCACCCCGCGACUGGCGACCCGUGGCUGCUCCCUGUCUCCCUGACUACCGACGCGAACCACCUCGGCCACCCAUUGCGCUUCGUGAGUCGGCAGGUCAUUGCGCAAGAGAUGGGCAAGAAGAAGGGGUGGAUGGGCUUGCUCCACCCGCGCGCAAUGCAAGCAAUGCAGCAGGGCAAGCUGAGCAAGCUGGUGUGGCGUGAGGACAUGGCGCAGCUGAUACUGGAUCUGAUGCGUAAACGAGUUGUGGAUCGCUUGAGCUGGAACUUUUCGUUUCGGGGCCGCUUGUGUCCUGUUGCGAGUCCGCGGACCGAGGACAUUGAUGCUGUGGACGACGUGAGCACCGUCCUGGUCUUUGGCACGUUGCGCACGCGCGCAGACGAAUGUCAGGACCGCUGUGAAGCGAUCACCGUCGAGCUGGAGGCGCUGGCCACGCACUUCGCCGUGAAGUUUAGCAAAUUCCUCGACCCCCACGCCUCGCCGGGCGUGACGCACAAGUCGCCGUAUUGGUAUACGCUGCCGCUUGUGCCGCACAUGCAGCCGCGGCUACAGAUACCCGAGUUGGAGUUCAAGACAACCAUAUGGCGCGGCAGGAAAGUCGCCGUGUACAGCCUGACGGACAUGCUGGGCGCGGAGAAGGCCAAAGAGCUGAUCUCGGGGCCAAACAGCAAAUACGCAGACCACAGAUGCGUCGUAAUAAAGCGGGCGCGCCACAACGUGCCCGUCGAGAUACUUCUCAUGCAGCUACAGUCCUAUAUAGCAAAACCAGGCCCCUAA